GCUUCAUCCAGGCGGUUUAGUGAAAUUCCUUGGUUUUCUGUAGUUAUAGCAAACAAACAGUACCAGUGAGGAACCCUGAUCUAACUAGACCUGUCUUGCAGCUAGUCGCUGGACCCGACUGCAGACAAUAGUCAAAGUGCAGAAAUCUUUUGCCCUGCUUCUUUUCCUUUUCACCCGGACAGUCGACCGCUCCUCUGCCGCUUCCCCCGGGACUUCCUGACUUUGAGACCUCCCCACCCUGCGCCCUGCAGCUAUUUGAGGCCAGAACACAAGCUCUUCCUUUUCUAAGUUUUGCUUGCUGCGGGUCUGAACCUGGAGUCCGGGGCUCACCAUCAUGGAUCCACUGCUGGAAGCAAAUGGCACCUUUGCCUUAAACCUUUUGAAAACACUGGGUGAAGACAGCUCAAAAAAUGUGCUUUUCUCACCCAUGAGCAUCUCCUCAGCCCUGGCCAUGGUCUUCAUGGGGGCAAAAGGAACGACUGCACGACAGAUGAUUCAGGCACUUUCUUUGGAUAAAUGCAGUGACAAUGGAGGUAGAGACGUCCACCAGGGCUUCCAGUCCCUUCUCACCGAAGUGAACAAGACCGGCACACAGUACUUGCUCAGAACAGCCAACAGACUCUACGGUGAAAAGACUUUUGAUAUCCUAGCUUCUUUUAAGGAUUCCUGCCGCAAGUUCUAUGAAGCAGAGAUGGAAGAGCUGGACUUUCAGGGCGCUCCAGAGCAGUCCCGACAGCACAUCAACACCUGGGUAGCCAAAAAGACAGAAGAUAAAAUUACAGAGUUGCUAUCUUCAGGUUCAGUCAGUUCAAACACUCCACUGGUCCUUGUGAAUGCAGUCUACUUCAAAGGAAACUGGGAGACACAGUUUAACAAAGAGGACACUCAAGAAAUGCCUUUCAAAGUCACCAAGAAUGAGGAGAAACCUGUGCAAAUGAUGUUUCAGAAGUCUACCUUUAAGAUGAGCUAUGUGGAAAAGAUAUCUACUACCAUUCUGUUGCUUCCCUAUGUUGACAAUGAGCUGAACAUGAUCAUCAUGCUUCCAGAUGAACACGUUGAGCUGAGGACGGUGGAAAAGGAAAUAACUUACAAGAACUUCAUGGAGUGGACAAGACUGGACAAGAUGAAAGAAGAUGAGGUGGAGGUUUUCCUCCCAAGGUUUAAACUAGAGGAGAACUAUGACAUGAAGAAUGUCCUUUGCAAGCUGGGCAUGACUGACGCCUUUGAGCAGAACAUGGCAGACUUUUCUGGAAUAGCAUCUAAAGAAGGCUUGUUUCUGUCCAAGAUCAUUCACAAGUCUUUUGUGGAGGUCAAUGAGGAGGGCACAGAGGCUGCAGCUGCCACCGAAGCCAAGGUAGCUUUUAGGUGUAUGGUCCCCCACUUCUGUGCCAAUCACCCUUUCCUUUUCUUCAUCCAGCACCGCAGGACCAAUGGGAUUGUGUUCUGUGGCCGGUUCUCCUCCCCAUGAGAAAGGAUGCUGUGCUGUCAGCCCACUGCCUUUGCCUACUCUCUUUCUCAUGAUUUGUCUGUGGAUCAGUAAAUGUUGUGACAAUUCGGUGCUUGGUGACACACACCUGUAAAGCUAACCCUUAGCUGACAAAAAUGAAAGAAUCAGACAUCAAGCAGGGCUAGCCUCAGCUAUAUAGCAAGUUCAAAGCAAGCCUGGGCUAUUCUAGACCACUAAACACAAAACCAAAUCAAAUCAAAACAAUAUAAAAAGAAAAGAAUAUACCCACAUCUAGAUGCUUUAUAAAAAAGAAGUAUUGAGUUUACAGUUCUGGAAGCUGCAGAACAUAGUUGAGGCUUCUGUACAGCUCUAGGGAAAUGACUUCACAACAACAGGGUCAGGAGAGAGUGUUGAGCAGUAUGUGAAGUCAAGAUUCCUUAUGAAUAAACCAUUCUUACGGGCUUAAUCUAACCCCUUGAACCCUAUAUUAACCCUUUCCUAGACUGUAACCUUCAAGAUUAAAGUAAUUUUAGGGCCAUAUGGAAGAGUGUACUGUUACGCUAUGAACCUUCAUGAGAGGAACUUCAUUCAAGUGAGCAACUUUCAUCCUUUCUGCAGCAAUCCUGGGAUUUCAAGUUUUUGGUUUCUUUCUUUCUUUCUUUCUUUCUUUUUUUUUUUUUUUUUUUUUUUUUUGACAGUACUGGAGAUUUACUAUGGGUCUUACAUAUGCAAGGCAAAUAGUAUACACUAAAUUAUAUCUACAAUUUCCUUUAAAAAUAAUGUUUUCUUCCUUUGAGAGAUGGUCUCAUUGAGUUGCCCAGGCUGGCCCUAAACUCUUUCUGUAGCUCAAGUACAUCUUGAACUUGAGAUCUUUCUAUCUCAGCCACCUGGGUAGCUAGGACUACAGCUUUUUGGCACCAUGUCUAAUGUUUUAGUUAUUUUUUUAAAGCAUUUGGGAAAAGGGAAUUCUGGUAAAGCAACUGGGUUACAAGACUAUUCUAUUACAAGGAGUGCCUUUGAGAUCUACAAACCUGAGGUCAACUUCUGCAGGUCUUACAGUAGUCCCCUGAUAUAACUGAUAGAGUACUUAGGCCCUGAGCAAGGAGGACAGUUCCAGACCCCUGUUGCUCAAGCCUGGGGCAGCCUUGAAUUGUAACUUUGCUCUUAUCUGGUACCUUUCUGACUUCUACAACCCACCUCACAUCUGGGGGAUUCCUAGCAAGUAAGCUAAUUUGUAUAAAGGGUUACUUAUUAAGUACAUGGGUUGGAACCUUUCCUCCUACCCCACCCCCACCCUGCAACCAGCUCUAACAAAUUUCCUAUAGCAGCAAGAAAUGUACUCUGUUCCAGAGAACUGAAGACUUUCUCCCGUCAGAACCUCUUUUCUCUCUCUCUCUCCCUCUCUCCCCCUCUCUCUGUGUGUGCCUACUUUUCUAUCUGUGACUGUGAAUGUGGUAUGAUGCUAAUUACUCCCCUUUAAAGCUCUCAUAUAGAGAAUCACAUGUUUCACCGUCUCUAACUUGAAUGUACAAACAUCCCUCCUACCUUAGCUCAGAAAUUAUAUUACAGCCCAACUAAAAUUAUAUAACAGCCCAACUAUAUUGGAUAUGCUCCCUGGGCUCCAAUUCUGAGGGUAUUUGCAUCUGGGAUGCAAGGCAAGUCUUGCAGUCAGAUGGAAGCUGUAAUCAAAUUCUCACAUGGAUGCUGAGUGUAAUAGUCAGGGAACAAGCCACACAGACUGUGCGUAGAUACCCUUUAACUUCUUACUACUGUUGUUUGGAAAUAAAAUGUUCCUCAAGGGUCCAUGUGCUAAAGGCUUAGUCUCAAACUAUGCCACUAAAUGAGGAAUUUAAACCACUUAGGAGGUGGGGUCUUGUAGAAAAAAGUUAGACUACUGGGGCAUGUACUUAAAGUGAUGGUGCAUUCUGCACUCUCUCUCUCUCUCUCUCUCUCUCUCUCUCUCUCUCUCUCUCUCCACCCCCAUGAGCUGAGCUGCUUCCUUGUAUUUCUGUAUUCUGUGAUUCUGGGUCACAUCAUAGGUCCAAGCAACAGCACCAACUGAUCAUACACUGAGACCUCUAAAACCAUGAUCCAGAAUAAACCGUUCCUCUUUAUAAGGUGAUUGCCUCAGGUUGCAUGUAAAAAUCGGAAGUCUACUGAGGACCAAGGGCAACACUUUAAAUUAGCACUGGCUGAUCUCCUGAAUCUACUGUAUUUUUUCAUCUAACAGCCAGGAGUUUAGGGUGAUUACGGUAUCCCGAGAAAUCAUCUUCACUCUCUAAAGUAUAAAAGAAACCAGUUAGAGAUCCAGCUGAAGUGCUUGCUUAGAUCUGCAAAGGCUGGAGCCACAGGAGUUAGAAAAAGCAUAUCUGAGGUUGACUGGGAAUGGAGAAGCAAUAGGCCAUGGGUAUCUUCCCAGAAGGUUCUACUUGUUUCCCAUCUUCACCAGACCUCAGUAUACAGUCAACACAAAUGACUUGGAUUCUCUCCCCCUCCAUAUUAACAGAUGUGAACUAAUACUUAUCAUGAUCUCUAACAGCUCAAGGUCUCUAGAAUAAAGGCAAAUAUCCUUCAAGUACCUGUCUGAGAAAUCUCAAGCCUAGCAAAAACUUUGCAACCUAUUUCCCCAAAGACCUGAACAUAAGCCCUAAAGCUCCUUGUUGAAAGCAUUUACUAAACUUGACUUAGAAUUCCUCAUCCCUUGAUUCAUGUAAGUAUGAUCGUCUACUACACACCAGUGUCUUUCUCAAGGAUGAGAAAUCCCAUAGACCUGUGUCCCAGUCUCUGUGGAGGGAUUGAGUCCUAACGUGGAUAUUCCAUAGCUGGCCUGGUUGUACUUUCAUAUUCUUGUUUUCCAUUUCUCCAACUGCCUUUUCCCUGCCCUAUCCCCCCUUUCCUCUGUCAAUUAUUAAAGCUUCCAAUCAUCUCUACACAAAGUUGUGUUUUGUUCAUGCUGGACUCUCUUACUUAUUGCAAUGAUUAAAAUGGCUUCUUACAAUUUUAAUUAGCAUCUAAGUUUUCCUUUGAUACAGAUCCUUGGGAGCAUCAGAUAAAGAGCUGUGAGCGGUGAAAGGGGGAUCUGGGACUGGUUUCUGAGCUUCUGAAUCAUAGGAUUGAACCUGGUCGGGUAACUAAAAACUCCUACCUGUGCCUGGGGCCUGUGUGUUCUGCCUGUCAUGGUCCCAGUCAAACUGAAGCCAUUUUGAAUAAAACUUCCAUUUUGCAUAGGAGUUCAAAGAAGUUUAAAAUCUUAAGACCUCCCUGGGUGACUGAAAUCCUUUUUUACAUGAAUGCUGGGCAAGUUGCCCCACUACAGAUGAAUAAAGCCACAAAUGAGAACAGAAUAGUGUACCACAAAGAAAUGUCCCCAGGAAAGUCCUUUGUCCCUGAAUCCUGAUGGGUGGAAAAUGGAACUAUAACUUGACCAGAAAAAAAAACCCCCACAAAUGUGGCUUUUGUGAUUUAUUUUUGUACUUAAAAGCUCUGCAGUGUUUUGGUUUAUAGUCACAGUUCAACUCCCAAGUCUGUUCUGCAUCCCUGAUGAAUCAGUGGCUUGAUAACAAUAAACAUUUCCUUCCUACACUGG